GAGAAAUCUACCGGCGAACUCUCCUCACAGUUCACGCAACCGUUUAUUGCCGGCUCCAUUAUAUUUAUAUAUGUACGUGACAUUCGGGACGAACGUCGGUUUAUCCGGACAACAAGUGGCCAAAUCGAGUUACUAAGCCGUAGCGACAUUGCAUGUAUAUACGGUGAUUGUGUAGCUGCAGAUAAGUGUUGAUAAUUAUAUGUACUUGCUCCGCUUAAAAAAACACCUAUAUACCGUUGGUUUUUGCUUUUCUGCAUAGAAAGUCUCCGAGUUUUCGCUCAACGAUGGUUAAAGCAAAGAAAUUUGUUUUGACCAAACACUUUGUCGGAGAACCAAAGCCCGGCGAUCUCACUUUAGUUGAGUUCGAUUUACCGGAACUCAAAGAUGGAGAAAUCCUUGUGCAAGCCGAGUACUUAUCGGUGGACCCUUACAUGCGACCGUACAGCGCGCGGUUCCCUAUAGGUACCACCAUGAUCGGCGGUCAAGUGGCAAAAAUUAUCAAGUCAAAAAAUCCAAAGUUUCCCGUGGAUAAACGCAUAGUCGGUUACUUGGGUUGGACAACUCACAGCGUUCUCAAUCCCGACGAUCCAAAUCCUGAUAUAUUGAACAUGAAGCCUUAUAUUAUAUCUGGUAUCAUGGACGAUUUACCGGUUUCUUUUGCUUUGGGAAUGGCGGGAAUGCCAGGAAAUACUGCGUACUUCGGAUUGACUGAAAUCUGUCAGCCAAAAGCUGGCGAAACCUUGGUCGUGAGUGGCGCGGCUGGAGCGGUCGGAUCGCACGUCGGUCAGAUAGGAAAGAUUCUUGGCAUGAAAGUCAUCGGUAUCGCUGGCUCCGACGCCAAAUGCCAAUGGUUGGUGAACCAACUUAAAUUUGACCACGCUAUCAACUACAAAACCGAAGACGUUUCGACUGCACUGAAAAAGGCUGCACCAGACGGCGUCGACUGCUAUUUCGAUAACGUCGGCGGAGAAAUAUCCAGCACCGUUAUUUACCAGAUGAGACUACGUGGUCGCGUUUCCAUUUGUGGUAGCAUUUCCUCUUACAAUGCCGAUAUGACUGCUCUACCAAAAGCUACCAUUGUACAACUUGGUAUGAUAUUCACUGAAAUAAAAAUGGAAGGAUUUAUGGUUACCAGAUGGAACGAUAGGUGGAUGGAAGCGAUUCAGAAAAAUGUCGCGUGGAUUCGUGAAGGGAAACUUAUCUCCCGAGAGACUGUGACCGAAGGCUUCGAAAACAUGUUCAAAGCUUUCACGGGUAUGUUAAAAGGCGAGAAUUUUGGAAAGGCCAUUGUUAAAGUCUAAUGUGAAAAUUUAUUUUAAAUUGUUUAUAUUGUUAUGUAAUAAGACAUCUUUUAUUUAUCAAAAUUUGUUUUCAAAUACAUAAUGCUUAAAAAAAAUAGUUCUUUGAGAUAAAAAUCGGCGUUACAAACAUUGAUUAAAUAUUUUGUAUAAUAAGACAAUAAUAAACAGACUGAAAAAAGAUAAAAUCUAUUGUGAAGUAAAUUUUUUUCUACUAAAUGAAAAUCGUU